AAAUCGCAAAAACACAUUUUCCCAACAAAACAACAAAAACACAAUUUCCCGCCAAAAACGCAUUUCCCGCCAAAACUAUUAAAUGCAUUUUCCCUACAAAACUACAUAAAUGAAUUUUUUCGCCAAAAUCGCAAAAAUGCAUUUUUCUCCAGCCAAAACCGCAAAAACAUGUUUUCACGCUAAAACUAUGCAUUUUUUGCCAAAACCGCAAAAUCGCAUUUUUUUGCUAAAACCGCAAAAUUUCUUUUCUCGUUAAAGUCACAAAAGAAUAUUACUUUUUCUGCUAAAACUACAAAAUUAUAUUUUUCGCUAAAGCCACAAAAUUUUAUUUCCAGAAACCCAUAUUUUAAAAUGAUUAUAUUUUAGAUAAUUACUAAAAAUAAUAUAGAGAAAAAAAUAUAUGAUUAACUCAAAACAAGUAUAUAUUAAUAAUUUGGUUACAAAACAAAUCUAGAUGAAAAUGAAGAUACAAAAGAACAUAAGUCCAUUUAAAUGAUUCAUUUGGAUGGAUAAACAAACAAUCCCAAUAAUAUCAAGAUGGAUCAUUUGAAUUAAUUAUGUAAAUAAAUCAUCUGAAUAGAAAUGACAUGAAACGAACAACCUAAAAUUGUUCUCUGUUUAAGUUCUCUUGCGUAUUUUAUUGAUUUAUUCCCCACCUAAAAUUUUUAUUGUUCGUCAUCCAAAUAAAAGAUAUAAAUGCAAGUGUAUAAUUAAUUUGACGCAAGAGAGUUAUAAAAUUAGUACUCCCUCUGUUCCGAAAUAUAAGAUGUUUAGAAGAAUUUUUAUGUUUCAAUAUAUAAGAAUAUAAAAUGUUGUUAUCUUUCUAUGUAACUUUAAGCUUAUCAAAAAAUGUGUAGCCAAUCAAAUUUAAUAGUUUUAUUUUAUAAUUGGUUGAAUAGUUUUUACUUUAUAAUUUUAGUGAUACUUUUUAGAUAAAAAGUAAUUUUCUUAAUAAAUGUGUACUACCUAAAAUAUCUUAUAUUUAGGAACAGAUGGAGUAGUACUUAGAUGUAAUUAUUAUGUUUGGCCUUUUAUUGUAAUUACAAUUAGUUGAACAAAAUAUUUUUUAAAAUUAAUAGGACAGUUAUGUCCUUUAUUUUUCCACAGUUUAAAUGGAGAAAUCUCUGAUGAGAAUAAACUAAAAGCCAUUCUCUAGCUCACAUUGUCUCUCCCUCUCUCUAUCUCUUCUACCUUAUGGAUUCUUCAAAAAGCAGAUUAGUAGCCAGACGAUCUGAUCCGGCCAACUUUCCGGCGAAGAAAAGCAUUUCUUCCCGGCGAUCUUUAUCUUCAUCUUCUUCUUCCUUCUCCUCUUGCUCCUCUAGCUCCCUCGUGUUUCCAGGCUCUCCUUUAAACUCUCCGGCGACUCCUUUUGGUCUCAUCGGUGUUCCAUUCGCAUGGGAACAACUUCCUGGAAAACCCAAAGACUACUCUCAUAGACUCAACCACCGCCGCAACAACGAGUCUUCAGUUAUAUUACCUCUCCCUCCUCACCGGAGUAUCACCUUUCCGGUCACCGGUAAAAACCAUAAAUCUAACUAUGCCACUAAAAAGAGCAGCUCCCCUGUGACGGCGACGGAGAAAGAUCCCUUCGCGGCGGCGUUGUUGGAAUGUUCCAAAGAUGACGAUGAAGAUGAAGAAGACGUAGAUCGGAGGUUCCGAGGAUCAAGCAAGGCAUUGGUAAAGAAUAGCAUCAGCGACAGGUUCGGGUUAGUGAGUCUCUACGGUUCUUGUCGGAGAACUUGUGCAGUUUCAGAGUCCAUUGUUUAUCUUCCGAGACCGGGAAAAGCUGCUUUGUAUGAUCAUCUGCUUCUUCCACGCCGUCACCGUUGAUUUGUCGUCAUUCACGAUUUACUCUAUUAUAUCUCUUGGUCUUUGUAAUACUUUCCCUAUAUAUUUAUUCAUGAAUGUGUCAUAUUAUGUGUGAUAUUUUUAAAAUUAUUUCUUAUGAACUUUUUAACUUUAAAAUAUAUAUUUUUUCCUCAAAAGCCUU